CUCAUACUGACUGUUCCUUCCUUUCCUUAUGAGAGAGGUAGGAGGGGCUGAGUAGAGCACAGUGCUCUCUCUCUCUCUCUGUUGUACACACCCCCUCGCUCUGUCACUGCUACUCUGCCAGUGCAGCCUUCACUUCCAAGCAAGGCUGCGCAAAGGAGGGAACAGAUUUUCCUUUGACUUUUGCUUUUGGAAGUUUUGGAACUUUUUUCUUCUUUGAGAAGCUUAACACGGAAGAAGAGUCUCAUUAUCUAAGGACUUAAGGACAUUGAAGAACAGAAGAUAUACAGUGGGAAGGAUUUGUUCAAACAUUCUUUUUGAUUGAAUCGAAAGCACAUGGCAGCCGGCUCUGCCACUGGAUCCUUUCCGAGUGAGCAGAGUGAGGUCAUUCAGUAAUUUGUUCUUGUUUGGCUGACUGGUCUCUGGUGUUUCUGUUUAGUCCAGCGCUGUGACUAAGGAAGCACAAUGGUUGCUGGAAUGGUGAUGCCCCUUAACCACCUGAGGGCCAUUUAUGAGCGCCUAUUCCGGGAUGGCGUCAUGGUGGCCAAGAAGGAUAAACGCCCUCAGACAAAGCACCCUGAAAUCCAAGGGGUGGGCAACUUGCAGGUGAUUAGAGCAAUGGGCUCCCUAAAGUCCAGAGGAUUUGUGAGGGAAACCUUUACUUGGAGGCAUUUCUACUGGUACCUUACUAAUGAGGGCAUUGUUUACCUGCGUGACUACUUACAUCUGCCACCUGAGAUUGUGCCCACUCCACUGCAGAGAGUGCGAAAGCCAGCUGCUACCUUGGCCGUUGCCCAGAGGGAUACACGAGUACAGGCUAUUGAGGGUCCAACUUCAUAUGUUCCCAAACCAGGCCGAGGAGGCGCAGAAAGUCAGGAGGCCUUUUUGCAAAGGCAGGAAUACCGUCGCAGGGAAAUGACAACAAAGGAGGAGCAAGUAUUCAGUGAUAAAACACCUAGGUUUAGAGGCCGUCCAAUUGCUGGAGAUCAGAUCAAACCCAAUGCACCAUUCAGGGACCAAGUACAGCCCUACAGCCGCAGUGGGCAAGGCUAUGCAAAAGAAGUGGACCAGAGGAAGACCACCCCAGUAGUCUCCAGUCAGCUGCUACCUGCUGAAAGCACAAGUGCCCAGUCUUUAAAAUGGAAAACAACAAAAGCUGAAUUCAACAAAGGUACCAGCGAGGCUGCUUUAAUAAAAAAAUCACCGUAUACCAAAACCAUGGCUGAAGUGGAACUGGCACCCAAAUCCGCUGUUACUUCCUUAGCAGCAGGAACAGUGGCAGCAUCCAUGUCUCACAAAAAGCCUAAAGAAGAGAUAUCCGUUCAAAUCUCUCGGGAAACUAUCACUAGCAAUCCAGCUCAACAUGUCACUCCGCCUCCUUUCUCUGAAAAACAAGUGGCAAAAACAAUGAAAGCCACAGAGGCCAAGAAUGUUCAUGAUCAUUCAGUCAAGGAUGAAAUGACCAAAGUGACAGAAAAAAUGUCAGUCACACAGACCAUGACAUCAGAGGAAUACAGCACAAGAAAUGAGAUAGCUUUAAAGAAAACUUCACCAAAGGCCCCUGUCACUGUGGAUCUGCCAGCCCAUCCAGCUGUUUCUGCCACAAAAGCAGAAACUGUGCCAGUGAUGGCUUCCAUGCCUCCCAAUAAAUCGAGUAAAGAAAAAUUCAAAGAUAAAGUAUCAAUAAACAUAUUUCAGGAAACCAACAAGAAGCAAGCAAACAAUGCCACCCAACCACCUCUCUCCCAAAAGAAAGUGGAAACAAUUGUAAAGGCAUCAGUUACUGAGAAUGUUCUGGAACAUCCUGUCAAAGAAGUUACAGGAGUUACAGAACAGGUCUCUACUUUGGCCAUAGAGAAGAAUGUGACAGAGAUCUGCAGAAGUGGUGACAAGACGUCUUUGAUUGAAAGUUUGCCAUCAGCAACAAUAAGUAUGGAUCCUCCAACUCAGCCAGCAGUUAAUGUUGCAACAGGUGACACAAUUGCAGUGACGACCAAUAAAACUCAUAAAGAAAAGAAGAAAGAUAAGAAAUCACAAAUGCUUCAGGAAUUAAGUACAAGAGAGGAAGCUAAUGAUGCUACUCAAUGUCUUUCCUCCAAAAAGAAACAGGGGAAAAAAGUGAAAGCAACAGUAACUGAGCUUGUUCAGGAACCUGCUGUCAGUGAUGAAGUACCUACAGUGAUUGAGAGUGUCUCUGUGGUGGUUACCCAGGAAAAGACAAAAUCAGAGGACUACAGUAAGAGUGGUGAGGAGAUUUCAAUCCAAUGUUUAGCAAACACCACAGCCAGUGAGAAUCUACCAGCCCAAGUCUCUUUCAAAAUGGAAAAUCCUGAUGCAUCGGUGACCCAAGUGUCCUCUGACAAAACUAGUAAAAAGACAGUUACAGAAGAAGUGUCUGUUAUCAUCUCUCAGGAAACUAAGGAUGCUUCUUUACCUGCUUCUGCCAAAAAGAAGGCAGGAAAAAAACAGAAGGCAGCAGCCAAGAGUGGGCAGGAUGAUCCCAUGAAGGACAAAGCACCCAAAAUGACUGAAGAGGAUUCCUUGUCUGCUACACAGAUCCUAACAACUGAAAACUACACAAGUAAUGAUGCCAUAGCUUUGGAUGAAAGGUUACCAAAGACUGCAGUCACUGUUGAUCUGCAGGCCCAAAUCUCUACCACAACAGUAGAUGUUGUGGCAGUGAUGCCCUCUGAGUCCUCCAGUAAAUCUGCUAAAGAGAAACUUGGAGAAUCAGUAUCAGAAGAAAAACCUCAAGAAACCAGUAUGAGCAAGGAGCAAGUUCAGGAUGGCUCCAUAUUUUCAUCUUCCAAAAAGAAACGGGAUAAAAAGCAGAAAUCCACCAAGUUGGAUCUGGAUAAUAGUGAAAAUGUAAAGAAGAUGACAGACCAAAAAAGUUUACCAAAGACUGCAGCCACCGAUGAUCUGCUGACACAACUCCCUGCAGCAACAAAAGAAACAGUGGCAGCAACCACCUCCGUAUGCUCCAAUAAAACUGAUAAAGAGAAGCUUGAAGUAUCAAUAAAAGUGUCUCAGGAUGCCAACACAAGGGAACAAGCAGAUGAUGCAACUCAGUCUCCUGCAUCCAAAAAGGAAGUGGAAAAGAAAUUGAAAGGAUCGGUGUCAUUGAUGUCCCCUGACGAAUCUAGAAAAAUGACACUCAAGGAAGAAAUAUCAGUUAAUAACUCUCAGGAAACUAAGGAUGAAAUUUUGGGUGAGGUUUCCAUGACUGCCACUCAAAACAUGAUAUCUGAAAACUACACUAGUACUAACAUGACAGCUUUGAUUGAUAGUGCACCAAAAACUGUCACUGUCAAUGUUGAUCUGCCAGUGAUUUCGUCUGGUUCCUCCAGUAACGCUGAGGAAAAGAAACUUGAAGUAUCAGUAGAACAACAGCAAGAAACCAGUGUAAACAAGGAUAAAGCUCAGGAUGCCUCUUUGCCUUCAUCCUCCAAAAAGAAACGAGAGAAAAAGCAGAAAGCAGCAAUCAUCAAGAAUGUUCAUCCAGUUGAAGAUGAAGUUCCUGAUGUAGCAGAAAAGGUUUCUGUAUCGCUGAUGUCUGAUCAAGAAAGUUUAUCAAAGACUGGAGAUCUACUGACCAAACUCCCUGCUACAACAACAGAAACAGUGGCAGCAACUGCCUUUAAUAAAACUGAUAAAGAGAAACUUGAAGUGUCAGCACAUGACUCUCAGGAUGCCAACGCAAGGGAACAAGCUAAUAAUGCUAUUCAGUCUUCUUUACUCAAAAAGGAAGUAAAACAAACAGUGAAAUCAUCAUUGACUGAGAAUGUUCAGCAAAAUACAAUCAGUGAAAAAACAAUUAAAGUAACAGAAAAGAUCUCCAUGUUGGUCACACAGGAAAAGACAAGUUCUAAGGACAGCAGUGAGAGUGGGUGUGAGAAGGUCAUUGUUGAGCUACCAGCCCAAGUUGUUACCACAACAGAAAACACUGUAGUAUCAAUGACCUCUGAUAAAUCUAGUAAAAAGAUGCUCAAUCAAGAAGCGCCCAUUAUCAUCUCUCAGGAGAAAGAGGAUGUUUCACUGUCUGCUUCUUCCAAAAAGAAGGCAGGAAAAAAACAGAAGGCAGUAGCGACCAAGAGUGUGCACAAUGAUCCUGUGAAGGAUGGAGCACCAAAAGUGAUAGAAGAGGUUUCUAUGUCCACCACACAGAUGCUGACAACUGAAAACUACACUAGUAGUGAUGCAACAGCUUCCACUGGUGAUCUGCUGACCAAACACUCUGCCACAACCACAGAAACAGUGGCAGCAAUUGCCCAUGAGUGCACCAAUAAAACUGAUAAAGAAAAACUUGAAGCAACAAUAAAUGUGUCUGAGGAUGUCAACACCAAAGAACAAGCUGGUGAUACCACUCUGUCUUCUUCACUCAAAAAGGACGCGGAAAAAACAGUGGAACCAGUGACCGAAAAUGUUCAGGAAAAGACAAGAUCAGAGGACAGCAGUGAAAUUGAGGAGAAUGUGUUGAUCAAAAGUCUGCCAAAGACCAAGGCCAGUGAGGAAGAAGUGUCUGUUAUCAUCCCACAGGAAGCUAAAGAUGCUUCUCUGCCUGCUUCUACCAAAAAGAAGGCAGGAAAAAAACAGAAAGGAGCAGCAGCCAAGAGUGUGCAGGCUGAUCCCAUGAAGGAUGAAGCACCCAAAAGGACAGAAGAGGUUUCCUUGUCUGCUACACAGAUGAAGAUACCAUCAGAAGAUUUACCAAACACAGAAGGUUUACAGAAGACUGUCAUUAUUACUCUUGAUCUGCCAACUCAAAUCUCUCCCACAACAGCAGACAUAGUGGCAGUGUUACCUUCUGAGCACUCCAGUAAAUUUAAUGAAGAGAAACUUGAAGAAGCAGCAUCAGUAGAAACACCACAAGAAAUCAGUGCAAGCAAAGAGCAAGCUCAGGAUUCAUCUGUGCCUUCAUCCUCCAAAAAGAAACGGGAGAAAAAGCCAAAAGCAUCAAUAACCAAGAAUAUUCAUACAGUCGAGGAUGAAAUACCAGAAGUGGCAGAAAAAGUAUCUGUGUCACUGACUUCUGAAUCUGCUGUUCAACCAGAGGAUCUGUGUUUAGAUCUGGAAAAAACUGAAAACACCAAGGAAGUGAAAGAUCAAGAUCAGCACCUCAGAUCUUCUGGCUCUGCGGUGCCUCCUGUAGCCCAAAAAGAGAAGGACACAGCACUGCUGGAUGUCAAUUUGGAUGCAGAUAAGGAUGAAGCAAAUAUUGCCCAACGAACAACUGCUACAGUAGUAGCAACAGUACCCUCGGCUGUGACAUCAAGCAAUGCUCAGAAGAGUAAAAAGAAGAAAGCAAAGAAGACCUCUAGUAUUGAGGAGACAAAAGACAGUGAUGUAGCAUCUGAAAAAUCUGAACAAACUUCACUAAAUGCUGCAAAAGACGUAGAAAUUCCUGUUGCAGAAACAUCUACUACUAAAGUAAAGACAGAAAUUAAAACGCUUGAUCAUGACCCCAUCCCAGCUACUGAAAUCCCAGCUGCAGCUACAGUUGCUGAUGCACAGGCAAAAGAAAUUUUCAUCCACAAAGAAAUACAAAUCGUGAAACAAAUAAUAACAGUGGAGAAGGAGAUUUCCAAACAGGUGAUAACUUCAACCCAAGAAAAGCAACAAUCAUCAAAACCUGUAGAGGAUUCAGAAGCUAAAUCUUCCAAAAAACAAGAAACUGAGCAGACUCUGAAGGCAAGAAAAAAGGGUAAAAAGACCACUGCUGCACUUAAUAAAGAUCUUUCACCAGCAGCUGAAAUCAAAACAGCUGAGGUGAUGACAGCCCAGGUUCCCAAUAAGGAUCCUCCCUCACAGGGUCCUGAAACACCAGUAACAAAUAGCUCAACAAAAAUGGCUCCUGAAAGAAUGUGUACUAAGGACGGCAGUGAGGCAGCAGCUGUAGAGACUGUAGAGGCCCCUGCAUACAAAGGGGAGGUGGAGUCUGCUCAGCCCUCGGCUGAAAAAAUAAAACGGGAGGUUCUGAAAGGAAAAACAUCCUCCUCAGAGAGCGCGAGGGAAGCACCCACAGGCCGAGCGUCAGCGGCAGCCUCAGCCCAGGCCGGCCCCCACCCUGAGCAGGGGGAUCCUCCCAGUGUUGCACAAUAUUCAGCCGCUCCUGACACACAGCACGGAGGAGAGAAGCAGAAAGAGCUCUCCGAGAGCGAGGCCACUGAACUGCACACUGUUCACACUGGCCCACUCCCCACUGAGGAGAUCAUCUGUGACACACAAGCAUUGCCUAGGGACGAAGCUGCCAUGAGGAGAAAGAUAGUGGUCGUAGAGGAAGUGAUUGAGGUGCAGCAGAUCGCCUCUCCGGGUGCAGACGGAAGCCCACCUGUGCAGCCCCCUGUGCCUGUAACAGGAGAGGAACUGGACUACGAUGUCCUGGAGGAGCUGGCUCAAGAGCGCGUCAUCCUGCAGGGUUCUCCCAUCCAGGAGCUCAUCUGGGACCAUUCGCUGGAUGAACCAGAGGCCAAAACCUUCCCGAACUUUAUUGAAGAUGAACGGGACAGAGUACAGAAGAAGACUUUCACAAAGUGGGUGAACAAACACCUAAUAAAGCACUGGAGAGCAGAGGCACAGCGUCAUGUGUCCGAUCUGUAUGAAGAUCUACGCGAUGGACAUAACCUGAUCUCUCUGCUGGAGGUGCUCUCUGGGGAGACACUGCCUCGGGAAAAAGGCCGCAUGCGAUUCCACAAACUUCAGAAUGUACAGAUUGCACUGGAUUUUCUCAGACACCGGCAGGUCAAGCUGGUGAACAUUAGGAAUGAUGACAUAGCAGACGGGAACCCCAAGCUUACGCUGGGGCUAAUAUGGACCAUCAUCCUGCACUUCCAGGUGUCCUGCUCUAUUUCAGACAUCCAAGUGAAUGGGCAGUCAGAUGACAUGUCUGCUAAGGAGAAGCUGCUGCUCUGGUCUCAGCGCAUGGUGGAAGGCUACCAGGGCAUGCGUUGUGACAACUUCACCACCAGCUGGAGGGAUGGCAAGCUCUUCAACGCUGUUAUUCACAGACAUGAGCCCAGACUCGUCGACAUGUCGAAGGUUUACCGCCAGACCAACCUACAGAACCUGGAGCAGGCUUUUAACGUGGCAGAGAAAGAGCUGGGAGUCACACGCCUACUUGACCCAGAGGAUGUUGACGUGCCACACCCUGAUGAGAAGUCCAUCAUCACAUAUGUGUCCUCCCUUUAUGAUGCCAUGCCUCGAGAAACCGUUUCGGGUGGUGUUAGAGUCAGUGAGCUGGAGCUGCGCUGGCAGGAGUACUACGAACUGGUCACUAUUCUGCUGCAGUGGAUCAGACAUCAUGUCAUCAUUUUUGAGGAGAGGAAGUUUCCUGCCAGCUUUGAGGAAAUCGAGAUCCUGUGGCGUCAGUUUUUGAAGUUCAAAGAGACUGAACUGCCAGCCAAAGAGGCGGACAAAGACCGCUCCAAGCUAGUCUAUCAGUCCUUUGAGAGUGCUGUUCAAGCUGGUCAGAUCAAAGUUCCCCCUGGUUACCAUCCAAUCGACGUUGAGAAAGAAUGGGGGCGACUCCAUGUGGCCAUCCUGGAGAGAGAGAGGCUGCUGAGGACAGAGUUUGAGAGGUUAGAGCGACUCCAGAGGAUCGUCAGCAAAGUUCAGAUGGAGUCUGGUGUGUGUGAGGAGCAGCUGAACCAUCUGGAGACGCUCCUGCAGUCGGACAUACGACUACUAAGUGCAGGAAAGCCCGCCCAGUACACAGCAGAAGUGGGAAGAGACUUGGAUAAGGCUGACGACAUGAUCCGUCUGCUUUUCAAUGAUGUGCAGAUUCUCAAAGAUGGACGCCAUCUACAGGCUGAGCAGAUGUACCGCAGAGUUUACCGCCUUCAUGAGCGUCUGGUAAACCUGCGCAGCGACUAUAAUCUGCGAAUGAAGUCAGCAGUAGUUGUGCCUCCACUCACUUCGUCACCGAGCCCGCGGGCACGACCGGAGCUGGACGAUGUCACUCUUCGCUACGCCCAGGACUUGCUGGCUUGGGUAGAAGAGAACCAGCGUAGAAUCGAGACGGCAGAAUGGGGCUCUGACCUGCCCACUGUGGAGUCUCAGCUGGGCAGCCACAGAGGUCUACACCAGACCGUGGAGGACUUUAAAUCCAAGAUUGAGCGGGCACGUGCUGAUGAGAAUCAACUGUCUCCCAUGAGUAAGAGCACAUACAGGGAAUACCUGGCCAAACUGGAUCUUCAAUAUGCCAAGCUCUUGAACUCAUCCAAGUCUCGCCUGAGGAACCUUGAUCAGCUCCAUGCUUUUGUCAAUGCUGCCACUAAGGAGCUGAUUUGGCUCAAUGACAAGGAGGAGGAGGAGGUCAACUUUGACUGGAGUGACCGCAACACCAACAUGACUGCAAAGAAAGAGAACUAUUCAGGACUAAUGCGGGAACUGGAGCUCCGAGAGAAGAAGGUCAAUGAGAUCCAGGCCACUGGAGACAGACUCAUUAGGGAGGGCCACCCAGGCAAAAAGACUGUUGAGGCGUUCACUGCAGGCCUGCAGACACAGUGGAGUUGGAUCCUUCAGCUCUGCUGCUGUAUUGAGGCUCAUCUCAAAGAGAAUACUGCAUACUAUCAGUUCUUUGCUGAUGUAAAAGAAGCAGAUGAGAAGAUGAAAAAGAUGCAGGACACUAUGAAGAAGAAGUACACAUGUGAUCGCUCCACUACGUCUACUCGUCUGGAAGACCUGGUGAAAGAUGCUUUGGAUGAGAAGGAGCAGCUGAAUGAGUUUAAGACCCAAUUGGCCGGCCUCAAUAAGAGAGCCAGGAGCAUCAUCCAGCUGAAGCCUCGCAACCCCACCAACCCAAUCAAAGGCAAGCAGCCAGUCCAGGCAGUGUGUGACUUCAAACAGAUGGAGAUCACCGUGCACAAGGGAGAAGAGUGUGCACUCCUCAAUAACUCGCAGCCCAGUAACUGGAAGGUCCUAAAUCGCUCAGGCGCUGAGGCCAUUGUACCAUCAGUUUGCUUCCUUGUACCACCAGUCAACAAAGAAGCUGUAGAGAGUGUUUCCAACCUGGAUGCUGGUCUUCAGCAGAUGACGACCCUGUGGCAGAGACUGCACAUUGAUAUGAAGAGUCUGCUGUCCUGGCAGUACCUGAUGAAAGAUAUCCAGAUCAUCCGCUCAUGGAACAUCACCAUGCUUAAGACCAUGAAGGUGGAUGAGUACAGGCAGAUUUUGAGAAAUCUGGAACUGCACUAUCAGGACUAUCUGCGAGACUCUCAGAACUCUCAGUUCUUCAAACCAGAUGACCGCCUUCAGACAGAGAAAGACUACAAGGCCACGACUCAGCACUAUGAGAACCUGCUCCAAGCAAUGCAGAAAGGUGAUCAGGAUGAGUCAGUGUGUAAGACCUACAUCACACAGCUCAAAGACUUACGUCUGCAGAUUGAGGACUGCGAGUCUCGCACUGUCGCCCGCAUCCGGCAGCCUGUGGAAAAAGACCCUCUAAAAGACUGCAUCACAAAAGCCACCGACCAGAGAAAAGUACAUGUCGAGCUGGGGAGCAUUAAGAAGAACCUGGACAAGGUGGCUGAGAAGACAGAGCAAGUACUGGCCUCUCCUGAGCAAGCCAGCACUCCAGUGCUCCGAUCUGAGCUGGACAUCACCCUGCAGAAGAUGGACCACACCUACAACUUGUCUUCAGUUUACCUAGAAAAGCUUAAGACAAUAGAAAUGGUGAUCAGGAACACAAACGGGGCUGAAAACAUCCUCAAGAAAUAUGAAGAUCGCCUCCGUGAGGUGUACAAGGUCCCUACGGAUACCAAGGAAGUAGAGUCUUACCGCACUGAACUUAAGAAAAUGCGCAGCGAGGCAGAGGAGCAACAGCCCCUUUUUGUCAGCCUGGAUGGUGACGUGGCUAAAGCUGCUGCCGUGAGCGAGCGCAUGACACAGGUGCACAGAGAGAGAGACACUGAGAUGGACCACUACAAGCAGCUACUGGCCAACCUGCAGGAGCGCUGGCGUGCCAUGUUCGCUCAGAUUGACCUGCGACAGCGCGAGCUGGAUCAGCUGGGCAGGCAGCUGGGCUAUUACCGCAACAGCUAUGACUGGCUCAUCCGCUGGAUUGCAGACGCCAAAGAGGAACAGGAGAAGAUCCAUGCAGUGCCUAUUACUGACAGCAAGAGCCUGAAGGAACAGCUGGCUAAAGAAAAGAAACUUCUGGAGGAGAUCGAGAAAAACAAGGAGAAAGUCGAUGAAUGCCAGAAAUAUGCCAAAGCUUACAUCGAUACCAUUAAGGAUUAUGAACUGCAGCUGGUCGCUUACAAAGCUCAGGUGGAACCUCUGACGUCUCCUUUGAAAAAAACCAAGAUGGAGUCUGCUUCUGAUAACAUCAUUCAGGAGUAUGUAACUCUGAGAACUCGCUACAGUGAGCUGAUGACACUGACCAGCCAGUACAUCAAGUUCAUCACAGACACACAGAGCCGCCUGGAGGAUGAGGAGAAAGCUGCUGAGAAACUUAAAGCGGAGGAGAGGAAAAAAUUGGCUGAAAUGCAAGCCGAGUUAGACAAACAGAAGCAGCUAGCUGAAGCUCAUGCAAAGGCCAGUGCCAAAGCAGAGAAAGAGGCAGAGGAACUCAAACUCAGGAUGCAAGAAGAAGUUAGCAAAAGAGAGAUCGUUGCUGUGGAUGCGGAAAGGCAGAAGCAGAACAUUCAACAAGAGUUUUAUGAGCUUAAAAACAUCUCCGAACAGCAAAUCAAAUCAAAGAGCCAACAGGUGGAGGAGGCCCUUAAGAGUCGUUCCAAAAUUGAGGAGGAGAUCCGGGUCAUCAGACUCCAACUGGAAACAACAGUAAAACAGAAAUUCACUGCAGAGACGGAACUGAAGCAGCUUAGGGACAAGGCUGAAGAGGCAGAGAGACUCCGUAAGGCAGCUCAAGAUGAGGCUGAAAGGCUUCGCAAGCAAGUGAAUGAAGAGACUCAAAAGAAACGCAAGGCAGAGGAGGAGCUGGAGCUUAAGUCUGAGGCAGAGAGGGAAGCUUCUAGGCAGAAGCAAAAAGCCUUGCAAGACCUUGAGGAUCUGAAGAUGAAGGCAGAGGAGGCAGAGCGACGCAUGAAGCAGGCUGAGAUGGACAAAGACCGACAGAUAAAACUUGCUGAGGAGGUAGCAACGAAAAGCGCUGCUACAGAAAUCGCUAAAAAGGGCAUGCUCUUUGUUGAAAAGACAUCCAAACUUGAGGAGUCUCUCAAGGAAAAGCAAGAAAAUGUAAUCCAACUGCAGGGGGAAGCAGAACGUCUCAAGAAGCAGCAAGAGGAGGCAGAUAGGGCAAGGGACGAGGCUGAAAAAGAACUGGACAAAUGGAGGCAGAAAGCUAACGAGGCCUUGCGUCUGAGGCUUCAGGCUGAGGAAGAGGCCCACAAAAAGACACUUGCACAAGAAGAAGCUGAGAAGCAAAAAGAAGAGGCUGAACGUGAGGCCAAGAAACGUUCCAAAGCUGAAGAGUCUGCCUUGAAGCAGAAGGAGAUGGCAGAACAUGAACUGGAGAGGCAGAGAAAACUGGCUGAGGGUACAGCUCAGCAGAAGCUCUCUGCUGAACAGGAACUCAUCCGUUUAAGGGCUGAAUUUGACCAUGCAGAGCAACAGAGAUCCCUGCUUGAUGACGAGCUUUACCGCUUGAAGAACGAGGUAAAUGCUGCAGUGCAGCAGCGAAAGCAGCUGGAAGAUGAGCUGGCCAAAGUACGAAGUGAAAUGGACAUACUGUUACAGCUCAAGUCUAAAGCUGAGAAAGACAGCAUGUCUAACACUGAAAAAAGCAAACAGCUGCUGGAAGCUGAAGCUGCUAAAAUGAGAGAUCUUGCAGAAGAGGCAGCUAAGCUUCGUGCAAUUGCAGAGGAAGCUAAAAGACAGAGGCAAGUAGCUGAGGAGGAAGCUGCCAGACAACGAGCUGAAGCUGAGAGAAUACUAAAAGAAAAACUUGCUGCGAUCAAUGAGGCUACUCGUCUGAAAACAGAGGCAGAGAUAGCACUCAAAGAGAAAGAGGCAGAAAACGAACGCCUCCGAAGGCAGGCAGAGGACGAGGCUUACCAAAGAAAGGCUCUUGAAGAUCAAGCAAGCCAACACAAGCAGGACAUCGACGAGAAGAUCAACCAGCUCAAAAAAUCCUCUGAGGUGGAGUUAGAUAGACAGAAAGCAAUCGUAGAUGAAACCCUCAAACAGAGAAGAAUUGUUGAGGAGGAGAUCCGCAUCUUGAAGCUGAACUUUGAGAAGGCUUCAUCUGGGAAGCUUGAUUUGGAGCUUGAAUUAAAUAAACUGAAGAAUAUUGCAGAGGAAACCCAGCAGAGUAAGCUGCGGGCUGAAGAGGAAGCAGAAAAACUCCGCAAGGUUGCCCUUGAGCAAGAGAACAAGAGGAAAGAAGCUGAAGAAAAGGUGAAAAAGAUUGCUGCAGCAGAACAGGAAGCAGCAAGACAGCGCCAGGCUGCCCAAGAAGAGGUUGAUCGACUCAAAAAGAAGGCGGAAGAGGCCAAAAAACAGAAGGAGGAUGCUGAUAAAGAAGCUGAGAGACAGAUCCUUGCUGCAAGUGAGGCAGCUCAGAAACGCAAUGCUGCUGAGCAGCAAGUCCAGAGUAUCCUUGUCCAACAGCAAGAAGACAGUCUUGUGCAGAAAAAGCUAAAAGAUCAAUAUGAAAAAGCUAAGAAGCUUGCCCAAGAAGCAGAAAAGGGUAAAGAGAAAGCUGAAAAAGAGGCUGCCCUUCUUCGUCAGAAAGCAGAGGAGGCAGAGCGUCAGCGCCAGGUGGCUGAAGAUGAAGCCGCCCACCAAGCCAAAGCCCAGGAAGAUGCUGAAAGGCUGAGAAAGGAAGCAGAGUUGGAAGCAGCCAAACGAGCUCAAGCCGAGGCAGCCGCACUGCAACAGAAGCAGCAAGCUGAUGCAGAAAUGGCGAAGCACAAAGCACUUGCGGAGCAAACCCUUAAGCAAAAAUCCCAGGUUGAGCAAGAGCUUACCAUUGUAAAAGUGCAGCUGGAUGAAACUGACAAACAGAAAUCCCUUCUGGAUGACGAGCUUCACCGCCUCAAGAAUGAGGUCAGUGACGCUGUUAAACAGAAAGCCCAGGUGGAGGAUGAACUUUUCAAGGUUAAGAUACAAAUGGAGGAGCUUAUGAAGCUGAAGCUAAGAAUAGAAGAUGAGAACCAGCGCCUGAUCAAAAAGGAUAAAGAUAACACUCAGAAGUUCUUGGCCGAGGAGGCUGAGAACAUGAAAAAGUUAGCUGAAGAAGCUGCUAGACUCAGUGUGGAGUCUCAGGAGGCUGCACGUAUGAGACAAAUAGCAGAGGCUGACCUUGCUCAACAAAGGGCACUUGCUGAAAAAAUGCUUAAGGAAAAGAUGCAAGCCAUUCAGGAAGCAUCCAAACUAAGAGCUGAAGCAGAAAUGCUACAGAAACAAAAGGAAAUGGCUCAAGAGCAGGCUCAGAAACUGCUUGAAGACAAACAGCUCAUGCAACAGCGACUUGAUCAGGAAACGGAGGGCUUCCAAAAAUCAUUAGAAGCUGAGCGCAGGAGGCAACUGGAGAUCACAGCUGAAGCUGAGAGACUAAGGCUUCAGGUGUCUCAACUCAGUGAUGCUCAUUCAAAAGCUGAGGAGGAAGCGAAGAAGUUCAAGAAGCAAGCCAAUGACAUCAGUUCUCGUCUUCACGAGAGAGAGCUUGCCACACAUGAGCAAAUGACUGUAGUUGAAAAACUGGAAGAACAGAGAACAAGCAGUACCAGAGAGGCUGCCGAUCUCCGCGAUGCAAUUGCUAAAAUCGAAAAAGAAAAAGCUAAAUUGAAAAAGGAGGCUGAAGAGUUGCAGAAAAAGUCUAAAGAGAUGGCGACUGCUCAACAGGAACAAAUCAAUCAGGAGAAAACAAUCCUUCAGCAGACAUUCAUCUCAGAAAAGGAGCAGCUGUUAAAGAGAGAAAAACAAAUUGAAGAUGAGAAAAAGAAGCUGGAAAACCAGUAUGAAGAUGAAGUUAAAAAAUCCAAGGCACUAAAAGAGGAGCAGGAGCGUCAACAAAAGCAGAUGGAGGAGGAGAAGAAGAAACUUAAGGCCACAAUGGAUGCUGCUCUUCAGAAACAAAAAGAGGCUGAGCAAGAAAUGCUCAACAAACAAAAGGCAAUGCAAGAACUUGAGAAGAAAAAGCUUGAGCAGGAGAGGAUGCUUGCAGAGGAAAACCAGAAACUGCGUGAGAAACUUCAACAACUUGAAGUCAGUCAAAAACCGCCACCCCUCAGUCAGGAGAUUCAGACUAGUGACAUCAAUGGCUCAACUGUUACAGUAGAUGGCAGAAAUGGAGACUCUACCUUAUGUUUUGAUGGUAUUCGUGAGAAGGUUCCAGCAAGCCGGCUCUUAGAAGUAGGACUUCUAAGUAAAACAGAUUAUGACAAGUUAAUGAAAGGCAAGAUCACGGUGAAUGAGCUAAGCAAAAGAGAAGAUCUUAAAACAGCUCUCAAGGGCAAGAACAGCAUUGGUGGCCUUCUUGUUCAUCCAAACCAAAAAAUGUCUAUCUACCAAGCCAUGAAAGCACAAAAGAUUUUAGCUGGCACUGGAUUACAACUACUGGAAGCACAGGCAGCCUCUGGAUUUUUGGUGGACCCCAUUAAGAACAAGAAGCUCACUGUUACUGAGGCAGUGAAGGAGGGUCUUAUUGGACCUGAAUAUCACAACAAAAUGUUAUCUGCUGAGAAAGCUGUUACUGGUUAUGAGGAUCCAUACACAGGGGCAAAGAUUUCCCUAUUUGAAAAUAUGAAAAAAGGACUCAUUGUGAAAGACCAUGCUAUCAGACUGCUUGAAGCCCAGAUUGCAACCGGUGGAAUUAUUGAUGCCAUCAAUAGUCACCGUGUAUCAACUGAAAUAGCCUAUAAACAAGGUCAGUUUGAUGAGGAAAUGAACCAAAUUCUUCAGGACCCCACAGAUGACACCAAAGCAUUCUUUGAUCCAAACACUCAAGAGAAUCUCACAUACUUACAGUUGAUGGAAAGAUGCAUCAUUGAUCCUGAAACAGGACUGCUCCUCCUGCCUAUUAAUGAGAAGGCUCAAAAUGCCAGAACAUUCACUGAUGAGGAAACCAGGGAUGUCUUCAAAAAGACAACUGUGUUGAUGCCAUUUGGAAGAUUCCAAGGAAAGACUGUCACUAUCUGGGAGAUCAUAAAUUCUGAGUACUUCACAGAGGACCAAAGAAAGGACUUAAUUCGGCAGUACAAAACUGGCAAGAUUACAGUGGAGAAGAUCAUCAAGAUUAUAAUCACUGUAGCUGAGGAAAAAGAGAAAAAGAAGGAACUUGAAUUUGAUGGUCUCAGAGCACCAGUUCCUGCCACAGAGCUCCUUGAUUCCAAGAUUAUUGAUAAAGACCUGUACAACAAGUUGCACCAGGGAAAAAAGACUGUCCAAGAGGUGUCUGAGAUGGAGACUGUCCACAAAGCUCUGAAGGGUUCAAACUGCAUUGCGGGAGUGGUCAUUGACUCAACCAAAGAGACAAUGUCAUUCUAUCAGGCAAUUAAAAAUGAUGUUAUGAGACCAGAACCUGCACUUGCUCUGAUUGAAGCUCAAGCUGCAUCAGGGUACAUUGUUGACCCUGUUAAAAAUCAGAAGUUUACAGUGGAUGAAGCUGUUAAAGCAGGUGCUGUUGGGCCUGAACUCCAUGAAAAGCUUUUGUCUGCAGAAAGAGCUGUCACAGGCUACAGGGAUCCUUACACCGGACAGACUGUUUCUCUGUUUGAGGCAAUGAAGAAGGAACUGAUUGGCAAAGACCAAGGAAUCAGAUUCCUUGAUGCACAGCUAGCAACAGGUGGCAUCAUAGACCCAGUGAAAAGCCACCGCAUUCCACAUGACAUUGCUUGCAAGCGGGGUUACUUUGAUGAUGAAACAAAUAAGCUCUUGAGUAACCCAACAGAUGAGAUAAAGAGUUUCUAUGAUCCUAACACACAGGAAUAUGUCACUUAUCUCCAGCUCCAGAAGAGAUGCAUCACUGACAAAAAGACUGGUCUUCAGCUUCUGUCUCUGUCUGAAGAAGCAAUCAAAGCCAAAGAUGUACAGAAGUACAAUGAGGCACAGACAAAGGAAGCAAUGACUCAAGCAACAGUGGAGCUUGAAAGUGGACCAUUCAAAGGAAGGAAAGUUACUAUCUGGGAGAUAAUAAACUCUGACUAUCUCACUGAAGAACAGAGACUUGAUUUGAUAAGACAAUACAGGUCUGGAAAAGUGACAAUUGAGAAGAUUAUAAAGAUUGUAAUCACAAUUGUGGAUGACAAAGAAUCCAAGAAACAAGAUCAGUCCAGUUUCCAAGGACUUAGAACACGUGUUCCUGCCAAGUCCCUGUUUGACUCCAAAAUCAUUGAUAAAGCAACUUACGAUUCGCUUCAACAAGGCAAAACAACUCCAAAUGAUGUGAGCAAGAACAAUUCUGUCAACAAGUAUCUCCAAGGCUCAGAAAGCAUUGCUGGAAUAUUCCUUGAACCUACAAAAGAGAAAGUGAGCAUUUACCAGGCAAUGAAAAAGAAACUCUUGAGGCAGAAUACUGGGAUUUCUCUGCUUGAAGCCCAAGUCGCCACAGGUUUCAUUGUAGAUCCUGUAAAAAAACAGUUCCUCACGGUUGAUGAUGCUGUCAAAGCAGGUCUUGUGGGACCUGAGCUUCAUGAGAAACUCCUCACUGCUGAAAAAGCUGUUACUGGCUACAAAGAUCCAUUCACAGGCCACAACAUCUCCUUGUUUCAAGCCAUGCAAAAAGAGCUUAUACCCAAGGAACAUGCAAUGCCUCUUUUGGAAGCCCAGAUUUCCACGGGUGGAAUCAUAGAUCCAGUGAACAGUCAUCGCAUUCCCACUGAUGUGGCAUACCAGAAGGGCUAUUUCAGCAAGGAAAUGUCCAGCAGCAUUGCCGAAACUGCAAAUGUAAACAAGACCUUCUCUGAUCCUGAAACUGAUGAGAAUGUGUCUUACAAACAGUUGAAAGACAAGUGUAUGACAGACCCUGAGACUGGCUUAUGCCUCUUGCCACUCUCCAAACCACAGGCACCAACAGUGGUGGAAAAGACCUACCUUUACACUGAAGAACAGACCCAGAGUGAUCUAUCCAGUACUCAGAUUGACCUACCUAUUGAAGGUCUAACUCAAGGCUCAAUGUCCCUUUGGGAUGUCAUGAACUCAUCUCUGCUACCUGAAGAGGAGAGGACAAAACUACUGGAAGAAUAUCGUUCUGGCAAGAUAACUAAAGAGCGAAUGAUCAUUAUAAUCAUUGAGAUCAUGGAGCAAAGAGAAAUUAUCAGAGGAGAAAAUGUUAAUUCGUGCAACUUGGUCAGACGCCGGGUCACUAUUGAAGAACUCUACAAUGCCCGCAUCAUUGAUCUAGAGACCUUCAACCUGCUGAAGCAAGAGAAGAAAACUAUACGAGAGAUCAUGGAACUACAAGGGGUUAAACAGUAUUUGUUUGGCACUGGCAGUGUUGCUGGUGUGUUAACCGAUGCCAGUACAAGAACCAGCGUUUAUCAGGCAAUGAAGAGAGGACUUAUGAAGCCAGAAAAUGCCAUCGGCCUUUUAGAGGCACAGGCUGCCACUGGGUUUAUCAUUGAUCCCAUGAAGAAUGAGAUGCUCACAGUUGAUGAAGCAGUUCGCAAAGGAGUGGUUGGGCCAGAAAUCCAUGAUAAACUUCUGUCUGCAGAAAGAGCAGUGACUGGAUACAAGGAUCCCUAUAGUGGCAAAAUCAUUUCCCUUUUCCAAGCAAUGAAAAAGGGCCUUGUGCCAGAGGAUUAUGCCCUAAGACUGCUAGAGGCUCAAACAUCAACUGGAGGUAUAAUAGACCCAGAAUUCCACUUCCAUCUUCCAGCAGAUAUUGCUACACAGCGAGGCUACAUUAACAGAGAAACAUACGAGAAACUGUCUGACGAAGUAAAGGGAUAUGCUGACCCCCUCACUGAAGAAAGCAUUUCAUAUGCACACAUGCUUAAGAGGUGCAAGGUUGGCAAAGACGGACUGUUCCUGCUGUCGUUAUCAGAUCAAAAACAAAUGGUAAAGGGUCUUAGAAAACUAGUUACAAUCGAAGAGCUGAUUCGUUCAGAGAUAAUUGAUGCAAAAACAGCCUCUGACCUUAAUGAGGGUCUGAUAACAAUUGAAGAGUUGAGCGAAAGACUCAAGAAAUAUCUGGAGGGCACAAGUUGUAUUUCAGGUGUCUAUGUCGAAUCAACAAAGGACUGUCUUUCCAUUUAUCAAGCAAUGAAAAAGAACAUGAUCAGACCAGGAACAGCCUUUGAACUGCUCGAAGCUCAAGCAGCCACGGGAUACAUCAUUGAUCCAAUCAAGAAUCUCAAGCUGACAGUCAGUGAAGCUGUGAAGAUGGGAAUUGUAGGCCCAGAGUUCAGAGACAAGCUCUUGUCUGCUGAACGAGCUGUCACUGGAUACAGAGAUCCUUAUACAGGCAAAACUAUCUCUCUCUUCCAGGCCAUGAAAAAAGGCCUGAUACUCAAAGACCAUGGAAUUCGCCUUCUUGAAGCUCAGAUUGCCACCGGUGGAAUCAUUGACCCAGAGGAGAGCCAUCGCUUGCCUGUGGAGGUGGCUUACAAUCGGGGUCUCUUUGAUGAGGACAUGAAUGAGAUCCUUUCUGACCCAUCCGAUGAUACCAAAGGCUUCUUUGACCCAAACACAGAGGAGAAUCUGACAUAUCUGCAGCUAAUGGAGAGAUGUAUUACAGAUCCACAGACAGGUCUUGUGCUUUUACUUCUAAAGGAGAAGAAACGGGAAAGAAAGACAUCCUCCAAAUCCUCUGUUCGCAAACGCAGAGUUGUCAUUGUUGAUCCUGAGUCAGGCAAAGAAAUGUCUGUGUAUGAGGCUUAUCGCAAGGGGCUCAUUGAUCACAAAACAUACCUUGAACUUGCAGAGCAGGAAUGUGAAUGGGAAGAAAUUACAAUGACAUCAUCUGAUGGAGAGGAGAAGUCCAUAAUCAUUGACAGAAGGUCAGGUCGCCAGUAUGACAUUGCAGAUGCUCUGGCAAGAGGUCUUAUUGAUCAGUCUGCUCUGGACCAGUACCGCUCCGGCAACCUUGCUAUCACAGAAUUCGCUGACAUGCUAUCUGGAAACAUGAGUGGCUUCCGAUCACGUUCUUCCUCCUUUGGAUCCACUUCCUCCUAUCCAAUGAGUCCCGUGCCUUCCAUCAGAACACCUGCAACUGUGUGGAAUGAUCCAACGGAGGAGACUGGUCCUGUAGCUGGAAUUCUUGACACAGACACCCUAGAAAAAGUUUCAGUCACCGAAGCCAUGCACAGGAACUUAGUGGACAACAUCACUGGCCAGAGACUGCUGGAGGCACAAGCGUGCACUGGUGGCAUAAUCGAUCUAUCCACUGGGGAGAAGUUACCUGUUGCUGAUGCCCUGAGUAGAGGCCUUGUUGAUAAGAUAAUGGUUGAGAGAAUCAACCUAGCACAAAAAGCUUUCAAUGGAUUUGAGGAUCCAAGAACCAAAGCCAAGAUGUCUGCCGCUCAAGCCCUUAAGAAAGGCUGGCUCUAUUAUGAGGCUGGUCAGCGCUUCCUGGAAGUGCAGUAUCUUACCGGUGGACUUAUUGAACCAGAGACUGAGGGACGAGUGUCUCUGGAGGAGGCCAUCAAGAGAUCCCUUAUAGAUGCCCGCACAGCCCAAAAGCUACGGGAUGUGAGUGCUUAUUCUAAAUACCUCACGUGCCCCAAAACCAAACUGAAGAUCUCUUACAAGGAUGCCAUGGAUAGAAGCAUGGUUGAGGAGGGAACCGGGCUAAGACUGCUGGAAGCUUGCUCGUCUUCUAGUAAAGGCCUUUACAGCCCCUACAACGUCAGUGGCGCUGGGUCUGCUACUGGCUCAAGAUCAGGGUCGAGGACAGGAUCUAGAUCAGGCUCAAGAAGAGGCAGCUUUGAUGCCACAGGCUCUGGGUUCAGCAUGAACUUCUCUUCAUCCUCCUACUCCUCCACAAGUUAUUCCCGGAGAUAUUAAUUCUGGCCCCACUGUGGACUUUUCUUUAAAAUCUCUUACAACUCAAAUCAGAAGUACUCAUUCUCAUCAGUUCUAUUAUUACAACAGCAUAUAAUGCAAAUAAUAAUGCAAAGGAAAACUUUAGGAAUUUAUUUAUUUUUAUUUGCAUGUGUUUGUCAUAGCAAAGUGCAUUCCAAAAAAUACCAGUAUGUUCUUGCUGAGUACUGGUGACAAGAUCACAUCUUUUUUUGUGGUUUGGAUGCUCAGAUACUAUGCAUUUUAUUGUUAGCCUUAAUAAUACUUCAUCCUUAAACUGAUUUCCUCUAUUUUGAUUAAUUCAGAUUAUUUCUAUUUACAAGUAGUGUUGAACUUUCUGUACCUUAUAAAGAUGCAAUUGCUGUUUAGUAUGGCUAAUUUUUUGAUUGUUAGAUUUUUUUAAUCAUAAUGAGCAUACUGUUAUUAAAUACUAGCAUACUUACAGCCUACAUUUCUGCUUGUAAUUUCAAAAUGUACUUUUCUUCUGUACAUUUAUUUCAGUUUUUAAAGUUAACUUGUUUAAAAUAUUACGAUGAUGUAUUUUUCGGUGUCUAUGAAUGGUUAGCAGAAUAUUGUGAUAAGUAAACAGGAGCUGGCCACCAUGAAAUAUAGGGGUGUUGUGCAAAUAAUAAACAUUGUAGAAUGUAUAAGAACAGAACGUUAUAUGAUAAGUAAAAGUAAACACUGGAGCAGGAAAGCACACUUAAAGCAACAUGAUGUCAAUACAUUAUAUCCCACUAUGAAACUAAAUCUAUGCUAUAGAGGUAUUUACCCCAUUUCCCCCAACUUACAUAAAUGUAAAAAUACUCAUCAUCCUUGCCCACAAUGAAACAAGCCUCAAGUCUCUCAGUCAUUUCAUUCAAGUGGUCCUGGUGUACUGUCCAAGAAGAUUUCAGAUGCCUGGCCCUGCCUCUUCUCACAUCUGGAGAAGCCUGAAUGCAAACAUGAACAUGUUUUAACUAUAUCUAUAUCCAGAUGUGGAAUAAUGGAGGACAGCGUUCACAUACCAGGCAGUAAGCGAGAUACCUGCCAGCAGACUUCCCCUCCAGAUAUUCAGAUCUGCAGUGAGCCUAUCACUCCUUUCCUGCUUUGCUCCUUGCUCAUUUGCACAGAGAAAGUAGAGGCUAGGGCUGCCACGAACUUUGCCUUGGAAAUCAUGCCAGGAACUGACUUUUAUGGACUGAGCAUUUUUUGAUUUAACCAUCCACAGUUUUCCCUCCAUCUUUUUUGGAUUAAAAUAUACUUGGUUAUACCCAGAUUGGACAUUAAAUAUAAAUUCUCUGCCAGACAUUCUGACCUACAUGUUCAACUCAUGCUCAUUUAAACACAUCACCAAUUACUGUACACAUUUUAUAUGCAUUCCCCUUGUUCCCCUCCUAAUAUGCCAAGUAAGCACUACUGUUUCAUAAAAAAAUUACAUCAGCAAUACUAAUUAACAUGGAUAACACUAUUAUCAGAUUAUAAGUGUAAUGUGUUUAUUAUUACAUGCUCAUUUCAUUUUCUCUUUUUUUUCAUUAAUUGAACCUCCUUUACCAAGAAACAUAUUUGUUCUAAUGUUGCUUCUUUAACCAGUGUUUGAUUUUUGCUUUUCCAAAUCCACUGAUAUGUUCUGUUGUGCUUUGAGAGUACUUAAGUUGUGUAUGUUUUCAUAUUUUUGUUUCCAUUUUUAUUAUUUGCGGUAUCACAUUUUGUAAUAUAUUUGUUUUGCAUGUUUUCUAACUUCAUAUCAGAUACUUUAAUCCUAUGAGAUGAAGAGCUUUGAAACUUUAUUCUAUGAUGAUGUAAAGUAGUACCAGUUAUAACAGAUGUAUGAAAUGCAAACUGAUUGGUUGAUGAAUGAUAGUACUGAAGAGAUAUUCUAUACUGGUGUGAAGAAACUGACACUGCUUUUGAGAAUAACACACUAUUUUAAUGUAAAUAAAUAUAUUAUGAACAA